AUGCUCUCCCCCGAGCGCCACCGCCACCACCGCCACCCCUCGCCGCCGCAGCCGCCGCCGCCGCCGCACCACCCGCCGCAGCCCAGCCAUGUCGUGGCCACCAUCGAGAACCUGCCGGCGGAGGGCGGCAGUGGCGGUGGCAGGAGCGGCAUCUCCGCGCCCUCCUCCAGCGUGCGCCAGAGGAUCAGGAAAGUGCUGAACAGGGAUCUCUUGCUGUCUGUGGCACUUGGCCAGGUACUCUCCCUCCUUAUCUGUGGCAUUGGUCUCACAAGCAAGUAUCUGUCAGAAGACUUCCAUGCCAACACACCUGUUUUUCAGAGCUUCCUCAAUUAUAUCCUUCUGUUCUUGGUCUACACAACAACACUAGCCGUCAGACAAGGAGAAGAAAACUUGCUGGCAAUUUUGAAGAGGAGAUGGUGGAAGUACAUGAUCCUGGGGAUAAUAGAUAUAGAAGCCAACUACCUGGUAGUCAAAGCUUAUCAAUACACGACUCUUACCAGUGUACAGCUCCUAGACUGUUUUGUCAUCCCAGUGGUGAUACUCCUCUCCUGGUUCUUCUUACUGGUACGAUACAAGGCAGUACAUUUCAUUGGGAUUGUGGUCUGCAUUCUGGGCAUGGGCUGCAUGGCAGGAGCAGAUGUCCUCGUUGGGAGGCAGCAAGGAGCAGGUGAAAAUAAACUGAUAGGGGACCUCUUAGUACUUGGUGGAGCAACACUAUACGGCAUCUCGAAUGUCUGUGAGGAGUACAUCGUCCGAAAUCUGAGUCGAGUGGAAUUCCUGGGCAUGAUCGGACUCUUUGGCUCCUUCUUCAGUGGAAUUCAGCUUGCAAUCAUGGAACACAAAGAGCUGUUGAAAGUCCCCUGGGAUUGGCAAAUAGGCUUGCUGUACGUUGGCUUUAGUGCCUGUAUGUUUGGCCUCUACAGCUUUAUGCCAGUGGUCAUAAAGAAAACCAGUGCUACUGCCGUCAACCUCUCCCUGCUCACGGCUGACCUGUACAGCCUCUUCUGUGGAUUAUUCCUCUUCCACUACAAGUUUUCAGGACUUUACUUAUUGUCAUUCUUCACGAUCCUUGUUGGGCUGAUGCUCUACUCCUCCACAUCCACCUACGUAGCCCAGGAUCCUCGGGUGUACAAGCAGUUUCGAAACCCUUCUGGACCUGUUGUAGACCUGCCAGCCACCAGCCAGAUGGAGCCUUCGGUGACGUACACCAGCCUGGGGCAGGAGACAGAAGAGGAGCCUCACAUUAGAGUCGCUUAAACCCAGGACUGUUGAUCACCUACUGACAGUGGAGCUCGUAUAUCCAUUAUCUCUGUAUUGUACAUAGAGAAAGGUAUUUACCAGGUGCAGUUACGCUGGUGAGCUGCAAGGUAGCAAAUAAGGAAAGCUCAUACAAACACAAAUUGAUUGUUCCAGGGUGUUCCUUACAAGGAGAUGCCAGUCCCUCGUUUACAAAAUGAACAGCAUGUUUGCAAUACAAACUGCUGUGUAGGAAUCGGUUAACGUCAAACUACCUGUGAAAGAUAUUCAAUACAUAAGAUGAAAUUACAAAAAAAAGAAGUUAAUAGAAGGGUGUUUUACACACACAGAGUGAUAUUAUGCCUAAGCCACACCAGCUGUGGAAAAAACGCCUUUUUACAGCAAAUACACUUUGUGCAGUCACUGUUAAUUUCUCUCUAAAAUUUGUUUGUUUGCACAAAACAGAUGGGUUAGUCAUGGUAACAACACCCUGACACAUUUUUGCUAGCAACUUGGAUUUGGUGAGGGAAAUACAGUGAGUUCCUCUGUGCUAUCUGUCUGGUUGCCCUUUCUAGGUAAUCUGAUCCAUGAAUCCAGAGAAGGGACAGCUUACAAUAUCCGUCUCUAUUCUAGGAAUAGGUAUAAGGCGAGCAUUUUAGCCUUUCUAUAUUUGCAGAAGUGAAGUACUCAAGCAUUGACCUCUCUAUGAUCCAUGGCAGAUUUCCUGGUGGCCAAGGUUCUGCAUCGGGUGACAGGGAGUCAGUUUCUCUGUAGUCAUGACUCAACACAGAUUUCUUACUUUAUGAAAUUUUAACCUGUAGAAAGAAAAACGCAUUUUCUAGUUUCCUAUGUAUUGUACCUCUCCAUGGAAAGAUGACAUAUCAUGUGGAUCAGGGCACUUAUUUUAGAUACUCAGUGCAUCGAGGGUGCCUUCUGCUGUUCCAGUUUGCUUAGUUUCCCAUGGUUCAUUAUUCUAACAAUAGCUAUUUAGAAAUGUGUCAGUUUUUCACCAAAACCCACAGAUUGUAAAAAUCAGGAAGAUUAAGAGAGGAAUUCACGAGCAGAAAGACCUGACCAUCUGCUGGUGUUGCUGCAGUAGCAUAAAGGCAUUUUACUGGCAGGGUGCAGCCAAUUAUUUUUCAUUAACUGUGAAGCAAGCAGAAGAAUUCAGCAGUUUUCUUACAUUCCUGGGGACGUGUGAAAAUAGUGAGGGUGUGCUCCACUCUUCUGUACACAACUGUACUUUUGCCUCAGUAGCCUUACCAGAAUG